AAACACAAUGUUUUUCUCUUGGUCAUUCCUUCAACCUGCUGUUUGAUUAGAGGAAGUUAGGAAAGGAGAUAUAAGAGAGACGUACAGAGGUGAGAAGAGUGCAGUUCUGACCUUCUCACCUCAGUGGAACAGUUCUCUUUUCUGAUACUACUUUCUUUGCUUGGUCUUUUCCAAGGUAGAUACUCAACUCGGUCUCUGCAGAAAUCGGUCACCUCACAAGAGCACCUUCUGUGAAGAUCAGGGUGCUUGAAUUGUGCUUUAUUUGUUCAGUAAUGGCUGAAGAAGUGACUUAUGCUACUCUCAAAUUUCCAAACCAUUCUAAGACAAACGAACCUCAGGACAGCCACAGUCUCAAGAGAACAGAUAAUCAUGACAGGCCAGAGUUGGAGCUGGAAGAUAAAGCUGAAACUGGAACAGGGAGUGUUGAGGCCACAGCUAAGGUCGCUGAGAGCAGAGCUAUGAGAGGUCAUAGUGUUCCAUCAAAGGUGUGGUGCACUAUUGCUUUCAUCUCACUCUCGCUGAAACUGGUGAUGCUGGCUGGACUGGGAACCCUAGUCCUAAUGAAUUACUACAAACUCUUCAGCAGCAACACAACAGCUUCUGACAUGCAACUAGUCCUCACGGAACAGGUGGAGAGAAACACAACAUUAGAUGUGAACGUGCCUAAAAAUGUCUCAGGCCAAGGAUUUUACUCUUGCUCCAAGCUGUGGAUAUGGCAUGGAAACUGCUGUUACUACUUUUCCACCGAACUAAAGACUUCCAAUACGAGUAACAGUGAUUGCGAAAAGAAUCAUUUCUCCCUGAUGAAUACAGACGACAGUGAAAAUUGGAAUAGAACCCAGCUGUUCUUUAGAUGUCUUCCAUCGCCUGUUUCCUGGAUGGAUCUGAAUUUCACUCUCGACAACACAAAUCAGACAGUGGAGGAUGUUUCAAACAUUUCCAUGUUGACUUGUUUGGCACCCACAUAAGUAUUUCAAGUGCUGGAACAGUGACGUAUUCAGUAUUCAAUGGAAAUGGAAUAAUUUGAAAAUCUAAGAACUCUAGUCAUUACAUCUGUGAAAACAAAGUAAAUGUACCAAAUUCUCAAUCUCAAGUAAAUGCAAACACUCUUAGUUUAUUAUAAUAGCGUGGCAUAUAGAAAUAACCAUAUAAGCUGAAACUAUGCAAAAACAGUCUCACAAUCAAAUGAAGGAGCCCUGUCCUGGCGCAGAAGAAAUGAUCCAACUAGGAACCAUGAGGUUGCAGGUUCAAUCCCUGGCCUCACUCAGUGGGUUAAGGAUCUGGCAUUUCUGUGAGCUGUGUUGUAAGUGCAGAUGCGGCUCAGAUCUUUAACCCACUGAAUGAGGGUUAAGGAUCUGAGCUGUGGCAUAGGCUGGCAGCUGUAGCUCUGAUUGGACCCCUAGCCUGGGAAUCUUCAUAUGCCACAGGUGCGGCCCUAAAAAGCAAAAAUAAAUAAAUAAAUAUUAAAAAUCGUUGCAAUUCUCACUUGAAAAAAAAAUCAAAUGAGGUAAAGGUGAUUGUAUUGUGACCUUUAAGACUUUUUGUCAAAACAUUAAAAACCCUCUUACGGUUGAUUAUAAUUAUAUAGGAAAAAUUUUAAGUAAAAUUAACAUUAUUUAAUCCAUUUUAAUUUAAAAUAUUAGAAGCGUCGAGAAUUAAAGUGGUUUAUUUUGUUUACCCAGACUAGCAUAGACAGUGGUACAAGUUCUUACGGUACAACUUACUAUACAGAUUGAACCUCUUUUCUACACAUAGGCAAAUUCUCCUUUCUAAGUUGGGAUCGACUUUUAUCAUUCUAUCCUUUCUGUGCUCAAAGACAUGAAAUAUUUCCAACAGCUCCUUUAAUGUGAAGUUUCUUUGCCGGUGUCAUUUCCUUUAGAUAACAUUGUUUUUCUUCACCACAAUUACUUUUCUUACUUAUGACGAUAAAUUUCUUUUAGUAAGAUCUUUCGACUGCAUGUUGAGACUAAAGUAAUGGCAGAGUCAACAUUCCUACGGUCAGCGAUGUUUUUUACCUGUAUUUAGGUUAUUAUUUACACUGUGUGGUAAAGGUUCCUGUCUUGCUAAGAAGAUGUUAUGCACCAUUGUUUCCUGCCAGGAUGCCUGCAUAUUUUUAGCUGUGUGCUUCAUGUCAUAUUUCUAAAGUUCAGCUAAAGAAAUUACGAUUGCAUUAUCAACUCUGUCUAAAUAUCCAAGAUAAAAGAUUUUAAAAGUUAAAGUAACUCUGAUUUAUUGACUGGAUUAAUAUUGAAUUGACUCCAGCAACUUUUUUUGAUAGGCAAGAAAUAGAAUGAUUAAGGUAGGACGCUUGUGAGAGAUGCAAGCGGGCAGGCAAGGAGGCUUUGCCCACUCCAGCAAUUUUUAAACUCAUUAAUGUCUAUCUUACUCCCACUGUUAUCACCUGUGUAGAACACCGGAUGUAGAGAUGAUCAGUGACCUCGUCUCUUCCCUCAAGCUGCUCCGUGUGCACCUAUAAGAUAUUAGUAAAAACUCUUUUUUAUUUAUCCUUUAAUUCAGAUAUUCUCAUCUGGGUUUAAAAAAAAAAACAAAACAAAACACUGUGGUUUUUCUAGUUGGUUUUAUUAGAAACUAUAUGUUUUUUUUUAGCCUUACUUUUAGUAAAAUUCUUCCUUGUGCGAUUGCAACUUUCAUAUGAAAUACUGGCAUUUCAUGUUCCCAGAAAUUUGAGCAAACAAUUCAUGACACCAAGGACCUAACAUGUAUUGCAUAAUCAUACUUUUCUAUGUGUUUCUGUAUAUUUAUAACACAUUCAUUUCUGAAGCAUGUCUUUCUGAAUGAUUACAUCUGAUCUCUUAAUAGAUGAGGAAAAGCAUUUGCUAGAUUUCAACAUCUAAGCCAGAUUUAAGAAGCAGGAGAAAGAGGAGGAAGAGGAAAAAGAAGGAGAAAUCACUCUGUGAAUUAGAAAUAGCAGAAUAGUUCUUUAACAUACUAAUGAUUCUGUAUUUAAAAUUAUAGCCAAAAUGAAACAAAAUAGUGAUUCCUAUAAAUUCUGUAAUCACCAAAAUUGUCUUAUCAGCAUUAUUAUUUAACAUUGCUCCAAAAUUCUAGCCAGUGGCACAAAGAGGGAAAUAAAAAUUAGCAAUGACUGAUUAUAAGAAGACAAAAUAUUAAUUAUGGAUUUAUAGAAGAUAAAUUUUACGUAGUAAAAUGAAAACUAUACAACACAAGAUAAUUCAUUAAGCUGGUUAAUCUAAUGACAAAUAUCCAUGGUCUAUGCCUUAUUAUACUCAAAUAUAAAAUUGUUAGAAUAGCAAAUAGUCCUCUCUAAUAAUGUAAAAGAUAGUGUUGAAUAACAGAUAUAUAAAUUAAUGAGAGUAAAUUAAUGAGAUACAAAAUGACAAUUUAAAAAGGUAGUGAAAGAUACCAACAUGACUUUAACAAAAGAAAUAAUAUAAUUUAUUCUUGGAUAGAAAUUUGUGCUUUCUAAAGGCAUCACUUCUCUCAGAUUAAUAGAAAUGCAAUUAAAAUUAAAAUUCUAGGAGUUCCCAUCGUGGCUAGGGUUAACGAAUCCGACUAGGAACAAUGAGGUGGCGGGUUCGAUCCCUGGCCUCGCUCAGCGAGUUAAGGAUCUGGUGUUGCCGUGAGCUGUGGUGUAGGUUGCAGACGCGGCUGGGAUCCUGCAUUGCUUGUGGCUCUGGUGUAGGCUGGUGGCUACAGCUCCGAUUAGAUCCCUAGCCUGGGAACCUCCAUGAGCUGUGGGAGCGCCUAGAAAAGGCAAAAAGACAAAAAAAAAAAAAAAAAAAAAAAAAUUCUAGAAAACAUCCAUGUAUAUAAUAUUAUUUUUGCAAUUUUUUUAAAGUUAGAAGUGAUUUCUUUUUAGACAUAAUCCUAUGCUGAUUCUGGCUGAGAAGUGGACUAGUUUUAUUAAUAUCAGAUACACUGCCUACUAAUUUUUUUAAAUAGGUAUUAUUUCUGAUAUUUAAAAAAAUCUGGGAUUUCCUAUUAUGGCUCAGUGGUAACGAACCCAACUAGUAUCCAUGAGGAUGUGGGUUCAAUCACUGGCCUCACUCAGUGAAUUUGGUGCUGCCAUGAGCUGUGGUGUAGGUCACACAUGUGGCUCGGAUUCAUAGUUGCUGUGGCUCUGGCACAGGCCAACAGCUGCAGCUCUGAUUUGACCCCUAGGCUGUGAACUUCCAGAUGCCACAGAUGUGGACCUAAAAAGUAAAAAAAAAAAAAAAAAAAAAUCAAAACAAUAAAUGACAACCUCAGAAGUGUGCUCCAUUUUAUAAUUAAGUAAUUCUUUUCCUCUAGACUAUACAUAUUCCUAUCAAUGAGAAAUCUGUGAAGAUUCUCAAGACAAUAAUGAUGAUACUUAAGGAAUGCAUGAUCUAGCACUCACCCUCCCUUUUACCAUUAUGCAAAAAUAUCUUCAGCCAUUCAUUAAAGCUAAAAAAUAAUCAGUUCAAAAAUGAGAGAAAAUGUAUUUCCCAUUAUGACACUUAACUUUAGAGCGCAAUCCUUUGUUCUUAAAUCAAGAAUACCCUUCCUAUUUCAUAAGGAUGUAAUAAAAUAAAAAUGUGGAGGAAGAUCAUUCAUGAAGAAUUAUGGAUGAGGAAUUCUCGUCGUGGCUCAGUGGAAACGAAUCUGAUGAGUAUCCAUGAGGACUCAGGUUGGAUCCCUGGCCUCGCUGAGUGGUUUAAGGAUCUGAUGUUGCUGUGACCUGCAAUGCAGGCCAAAGACGGGGCUCGGAUCUGUUUCGGGGGGCUUUGGUGUAGGCCAGUAGCUCCAGCUCCAAUUCGACCCCUAGCCUGGGAACCUCCAUGUGCCACCAGUGUGGACCUAAAAAGACCAAAAAAAAAAAAAAAAAAAAAUUACGGAUGAGAAAGGAGAUAACAAGGCCAAUCUAAGUUUAAAUCAGGACUAAGGAUGGAAGCUUAAGAAGUGAUAUUUCUGAACUUUGCUAAGAGUCUGCCAAGAUAAAAAAUAAAUUUGGAAAAAAAAAAUCCUAUAGUUCAACAGUGAAUUAAAAGGACAAAAACUUCUACCCUCUAAUAUCUUUAAACACUGGACCUGUAUUUUCUCAAUUUUUGUAUCCUGUAUUAAUUAUUUUUGUGAUAUUCUUUUUUGAAAUAAAAUGAUAAUAUUUCA